GUUCAGUUCGAUUCCGGGAUUCAAAGUGUUAACACGUGCCACGCGAAAAAUCGAGGAUGAGGUACGCCAAUCUUGUAGUUAGCUGUGCCUGCUUCCUGCUCCUUCACAUUGAGAUGGGAGCAGCCAGAGCCGCCGUCACCGGACCCAGCGAGAGUCUUUACGCCCUGGCCCGGGACCUUGGAUUGGAUGCUGCCGGAUUGGACGAGAUAUGGCGCACCGGAAAGCCCUUGGUUAUCAGAAAACAGAUCCCGCCGAAUGAAGUGACAACUGUUACCUACAAUCUGGGCCCCGACAGACGCACAAUUACCAAGAGGGUGGAAAAUAAGUUUCACUCUUCUUUCCAAUUUCGAGAGAGUUGGGGUCAGCCAGAUACCGAGCUCUUUCUUAACCCGUUCCUGAAUCCGUUUGGCAGUGGAUUUUCGCAGGCAUUCUUUGAAAACUGGACGAGAAUAUUCUCAACGAACCCGUUUAUACCUUGCUGCCAGGGGUUUAAUGGGCAUUAUAAUCCAAAUAAUCCGACCCCACCUCCAACAAAUGAGCGCUUUCCAAAUGAACGCAUUCCCAUUCAACGCAAUCCAACCGCAAACGAGCGUCCCGUCUAUACGCCAAAUGUAGAUGAAUCCAAUUCAAAUGAUCCCCAGUGGGUGCCAGUACCAGAGGUUACAACCCGGUUGCCGGUGGUUCCCCUGCCCACUCUGGCGCCCUCAAAUAACCCGGGAGCUGAUACUGUGAUCGACGAUUUCCUGGCAAAGGUUGAUGUCACCACCACGGAUAUUAAGGAAGAGGAUGGGGAAUAUGUCAGAACGAUCGUGGAUAAAAACGGGAGAGUUCUUAAAGCCAAAUUCGAGCUGGUCGAAACCAAAAGUCAAAAUGGAAAUCAGCCCACCAAGUAAAUUAUUAAAUACUAUUAGUUGUUAAUUAAACAUUGCUUGUAAAUAAAUUCAGCCGCAAAAUUGUUAUUAAA